ACACAGUUUCAGAGCUCAUUUAUUUACAAUUAAAUGGGUUCUCGCAGAAGAGAAUAGCCAAUCAGAUGAGCCAUUGACUUAUGAAUGACAUAGGGAAAGUAGUGGCCAUUUAACUCUUAACGUUCGCUAUAUUGUUAAAAAAGAUUCCAAGUCAGGCCGUUGUUUUUACCCGACUCCAAGACAUCGUUCAUAAAUUGGAGGAGUAGCAGCAAGAGUCGAACUAAAACAAGUCAAAACAAAGCUAAAAAGAAAAUGUCGUCAACUAAAAAGCCAACGUUAUCAUCAGUCGUGAAUUGCGUACGAAAAAUACGGAAAAUGGCCGCGCGAAACGAACUACAAAUCCCUCGAGAAGACUUAAUAGCAAUUCUCAAACCUAUAUACAUUGUCUCGUCAUUUAUUGGACACAGAAAUAAAAACUACCAUCCAUGGCUUGGAAAGUUUGGACUUGUUUUAUGGAUUUCAAAUAUUGUGAUCCACUUUUCGUUGGAUUUUUACGACGCUCACUAUAAAUACGGUUGGGCAUGGGCGACGGCCAUAGCCGUGUUUAUGAUUUCGUUCGUCUCAGGUACUUAUAUUAUCAUAAGAGACACUAUACCGUGGAUUGAAGAUGCUUUGGAAAUUUUGUACGUGGAUGGGAACUUUACAGAAACCUUAGAAAAAGCUCGCAAACUCGCCAAGAAACUGCCUUUCUUCCUUCCACUGGGAGCGCUGCUUGGCAUGUGUGGUCAGUACGUUUGCUACUUCAUUGACAAUGCAGUUCAGCUGGAGGUCCAGAUCAAGUGGCUUUACAUCACACUGAACGUAGCCAGGAUUAUCAGUCUAUUCCAUAUUCUGUACGGCUAUAUCCUAUUCCUCGUUCUCCUGCUAUUUGUCAUGUAUAUUACAGGAAUUUCCAUGAAAGAAUUUCGAGGUGGUAUUGAAGGAGAAUUCAGAGAGAAAUCUGUUCGUCUGACCUUCCGAGAAGCAGUCCAGAUCUUUGAACAUCGUGCGCAGUUCAUUAGACGAUCAUCUAACGCUUGCUUGUUCAUGCUGGUCAACCUAGUUCUAACCACAGCUUUAUCCUUCGCCAUCAACGCGUAUAAUUUCCUCUUCCUGAAGCGUUUUGCGAUCUACCUGUGGUUCGCACUAGUGCCCAUGAUCUGGAGUGUAACACCGCUGACUGUAGCAGCGUGGGCUACCGAGACGCAUCACAGUUACGUCGCCUCGGUCGUGAAGAGCUGGGGCGAGCAUCCCGCUUCAGACGAGAGUGAAUCAGAAGGCGAAGAGAUGGAUGAAUAUCACGAGGCAAUGAAAAAACUGAAGGUGAACAGGUCUAGAAGUGUGCUUAUUGCGAGUACCAAUCUAUUGAAGUCACUACAGAGAAAACGACUGAUACUUAAGAAAGACAGGAGACUUUCUCUCGCAGCGCAGAGGCGUGAAUCUCUCGCUACUACUGAGGAGUUAAACAUUCCUGGCCAAACAGAGUUCAAACCUCUUCCUAACAACUUCCAGGUAUUGACUUCCAAUCUCGAUAGCUUCGGCACACCGCCCAUUUCGAACUUGUAUAACAAUACCAUAACGACUCAAGCGCCUACGCCUACUCCAAAUAAGGAGAGAAAGUCGAAGUUCAAAUUCAAGUCUUACGUGUUAUAUUUACAGGGUCUUAUUCCCAGUACUGGCUUUUCUAUUGGUGGGAUCAUACUCACGUGGGAAAAGGUUUCCAAUCUCGCCAUCUUAUUGGUUUCUAUCUUGGCAGUCUUUAUUCAGGAGAUAUUGUUUGGAAGCCGGAAAAGUACACUGUUAACGUGAUAAAGCUGGUGUCUCUAUGUAAAAUAAAAACAAAUCGUCCUUAUUUUACGAGGGUAGCACUUUAUAACCAGUGGCUAGAGCGCAUAGCAYAUGUCCGUGAAACACUGUGAGAAAAUGCACAAAUAAGUAAAUUUAGUAGCCCUCAGUAAACCGUAAACUUACAAAACUUUGCACUAAUUUGGACAAUUUGGUUGGUUAACUUUUUUACGGAUAUAUGGUAUGCACUCUACAAUUCUGUUGCCCUCAUUCCAUGAUCGAAUUAAACUACAGAGAAUGUUUAGUGCUCCAGGAUAAAACUGAGUGGUCAAGAACUGGGGAAAAACAACACUUACGAUAAGACAACUAUUGAGACUACCAUGUCUGUCUUAACACUUUGCGAAGCACACUGCAUGGUUUCAACGAAGGUAGUUGCGUUAAGAGAGAAAAAAUGUGAUACAAACGGAAAUGUCCCAGUACUUUUGGGUGUCGUUACUGAAAAUGCACCCGGCUUACGCGAAGACCCUAGUGGCUUUAUACAUUGGUUGGUAUUAGGGGAGGUAGUCAGAUGUUGCGCAAAUACGUGUUUUGACAACUUAAACCUUUCGAUUUGCAAGAAGCGGAAAACUUGACGAACAAAGCGUUCUUAUCGAUAUUCAGGGCGGAAUCUAGAAAUAUAAGGAAUAAUGACCGAUUCUGUUUAUCUGAAUCACGACUCAAAAAGGCUGCCUUUCUCGGGAUAGCAAGAUCCUUCUUGGCGACGCAUUUUAGGAACAACCAAAUGCAUACGAAGAAUGAAUGGAAGGGUAGAAAUAAUUGUGAAACCGAUACGACGAAUAGUAAAAAGUAGAAARCUAAAUG